GAGGAGGCGCGGCGCGAGGCGGGGCGGCCCACGUGACGCCGCGGCCGCCUUGGCCCCGCCCCCCCCGCUAGACGCAGCCAAUGAGAAGCCGGCAGGAAGGGAGGACUACCGCUGUAAUGGGUACACUGCUCUGCGCUGUCCCAGCUGUUCCCUAAGCAUACAGAGGACUAUUUUCCACUCAUUCGUCCCCUCCAGUGUGUUUGUAGGCAACUUCUGGCAGAAGACCGGCGUGUCGUAAGGAAAAUGAAUCUUGUAAAUCAGUCUCAAUGUCAGAAUUUGCCUACUCUUACUUUUUUCUGAGUUGCUGAGGUCCUCCUGCGAGUGCUGCAGUCGCAGUGCCUUGCUGAAACUAACGAACCAAAAGCAAAACAGGCAGAGAUGGGCAUUAGAGAAAACUAUGGCUGAAAGUCACAGCUGGAUUCUGGCACAAAAGCCAUUACAGCUGAAAGCGCUUUGUGCCAAAGCUGAAGGACGGUGAGGGAUGAAUUCCUCCGGGUAAGGAGGUAGGAGGGUUGGGGAGGCGUGUAUUGCAAUGUGAAGAUGAGCGUGGACUGCUGCGGUAGGUGACAAACCCCAAUGACCUGUAAGCAUUAGGAACCAUCACUUCUACAGCUGUAAUCAAUAGCGAGCUGAAGAAAGGGGGAGAAUAGGGGGAGAAAGUGAGAAAAUACCAGUUAGAACAUGAAUUACCUCCUUGGUUCUUUCUUACUCAUUUUCAAGGUUUAUCCAAGCAAUUUGCUGUCGAGCUGGUGGAGAGCUGAACGCUUUGAGACGUGCUACUUCUUAAAAGUAGGCUUUCUGAUGUGGAGCCAGCAUCAUGCUAUGAAACUGUGCCACUGAACGUGUGUGAGCAGCUGGAAGUGCGGCACUUCAACUGCCAGCUCCAGUAUUUAUUCCAGGAAACAUCCCUAUCCUGUCAAAGCUAUUACUGCAUCUCCUACAACAAUUCGGUAUGGCCAAAGAUUGCAAGUUGAACUCUAAUUGGAUUCGGGAGGCAUCAAUGCAUUAAUUUCAUUAAAGGCUGUAUCUCCCUCCUAAUAUCAUUCAGCAGAGUUGAAAUGGUUUGAGGAUUUAUUUUCUCCCUUGUAAACCGAAGUGGUUGACUGCAGCUGGAAGCUGACAUUCUUUCAAACAAACCGUUUUUCAGUUCUUCAGAUACCUUCACUGUUUGAGCAUUCUUUCCAUGUGAAUAAAUGCAGCAGCGAUUGUGAUGCUGCAUUAAGAGCGACAGCUGAUUCCAAACAGCGUAAUUUGUCAUGGCAACUUUGAAAGACUGAUGUUCUUUCUGAAGGUGACUCAAGCUGACAAAAUCUGAGAUGAUGUUCUUCGUUCUGUAAUUAAUAAGGCUUUUCAAAGGGAAGAAGUUUUGUUUAGCUUGAUGAUUAAUUUCUCUGCACAGUCAAUGUUACCACGACUGCAUCAGUAGGUUUGAGGCAAGUCGUGUACUCUCUUUUUGUCAGCCUGUGAGAUCCCUAUCUUGCCUUGCUCCGAAGCUUUUCGCUCAAAUAUAAUUUCCAAUGUCAUUAUUCCUGUAAGUAAUUUCACUGUAGCACUUCUUGUUCUUAUUGAACAAAACAAAACCAGCUAAUUAAGAACGAUGAUUAAGCUCGCACUCAGUGUAAAACAGAGCAAAGAGGGAAGGGCUGGAAUAGGAAAUGUUGUUAAUGGCCAGGCUAAACAUGAAAAAAGUCAACAUUAUGUGUGUACUUCCUCACCCUCCUAAGCAGCCCUGCAAUAUGGUUGGGACAGAUAAGGCCAUCCUUUGCUGCGUUAUGGUAAACAAGUCUCAGCCACUCCUCACAACCAUAUAAAACUGUAAGAGCACAUAGAUGAGGUCUUAGAAGUUUUCUUAAGCACCCGUUCAAAAAGUUAAGAUUGGUACUCUGCUUUUCUUACUUACCUAGCAGCAAAAUGAAAACAAAAGAAGCGGGGUUUAAUAUCACAGAAUCCUAAGGGUUUAUGGGGAACUCUGGGGGUCAUCAAGCACAACCCACUGCUAAAGGAGGUUCUGUACAGCAGGGUAUGUGGGAAAGUGUCCAGGCGGAUCUUAAAUGUGUCCAGAGGAGACUCCGCAGCCUGUCAGGGGUGCUCUGUCACUCUCAAAGCAAAGAAGUUCUUUCUCAUGUUCCUGUGGAACUUCCUGCCUUCCAGUUUGUGCCCAUUGCCCCUUUUUCCAUUGCUGGGCACUACUGAAAGGAGCCUGGCCCUAUCCUCUUGACGCUUGCCCUUUAGCUAUUCAUAAAUGUUGGUAAUAUCAGAAAGCCUGGACUGAAUCAAGUUGGUGUUUGCAAAAAAUGCCAAGGAGAUUCAGAACGACAAAGGUCCCAAAUUAAUCUGAAGCGUGCAAACACAAGCUGUCUAUUCACAUGUGCGUGCAUGCUUGUUUUCCCCUUUCUGCCCUAGUAGUUUAAGAAGCUACGAGGAGAACUCAACCAGCAGCGUGUGGCAGGCCACUUUGUUCCUGUGAUGGUGCUGUGGUGAAGAAUUCUCUGAAUAGGAGUGGAUGAGCUAAAAGAUGCCCUGUGCAAGCCGUCUCCCUGAGCACUGUGAAGCUUACACUAAAAGCUGCACCUUGCCCCAAGGCAUGACACAGGGCGUGAAGUGGGGCUAAGGCUGAGCCGAAGGCAGAAUAUCAGUGCAGCCUUGAGGCUGUGCUGAUUCAGGAGCCCAAGGGCACUUAUGCAGUCUGUUUUUGCAAAUAUUGGCAAAAGCCCAAGUGUGGGAAGUAAGGUUGCAUGUAUAGAAUACACUAGCAAACAUAGGCAGUAGGGAAGUGCCUCCGAGGUUUUAUGUACCUCUUCUCCAGCCGUUUCUAUCACCUAUGUAGUAUUUUCUUCUGCUGCCAGAACUUAAGGCUCAACCUACAAAUCAAGCUUCGUUCAUAAUGUGAGCAGUUAUAAAGAUUUUGAACGCCAAAUUAUAGGUGCUCCCUCCUCCAAUUACAGUUUGCAUUAUUAAUUCCAGUGAAGUAGAUCUACUGCCACCGGUGCUUGCGGCUGAUGGAAGCCGUGUACACCCUGAUGAACUGCAGUCCUUAUUUUACUGCAGCCUUCCUGGGGUCCUGUGAAUAAAAAUAGCUUGUGAUAUUAUGCAAAUGGAUGCCCAGCAUUAGGCGUGCAGUGUCCAGUCGGGAAUAAUGCUAUUUCUUUUAUCCUUAUUCUUGAAAAUUCCCUUGUGACCUUUUUCCUGGUACUGAGAAUACUGCUGUAUCAUUCUCUAAUGUGAAAUCUGGACAACUUACACUGAGGGAAAGAGAUGCUCAGGGACUGCAAGGUUUCAAGCAAGAAUAAAAACUGCAAGAUUAGCAUGGCAGAAACCUCCCAUCCUCAUGGAGAGUUAUGAGAAGGUUAGUAGGAAAGGGUCUGUUUUGCAGUGGUAAUUUUCUCUGUAAUAUGUACUAUAAUACUGUGUAAUAUAGUUUGCUCUGUGGACUAGUUAGCAGUUAGGGAACAUAGAAACACAUCAGAUUAGUGAGUAAUAAGAAAAGAAGGGUGUUUUAAAAACUUUCUAAUGCUUGCAAUGGGGAAAGCAAGAAGGUAAGCAGGAGGUGUAGAGGGAGUGGAGGAAUGACACAUUUGCAAUAGCUCAGAUUUCCCUUUGGGUGGGGGGAGAUUAUUGUUGCGUGGAUGUGCUGGUGAGAAACAUGGCAAUGUAUCAGAAGUGUGGAGGAGAGCAUCCCUAAAUAUAAUGCUACAGAAAUAUAAAAUGACUAAAAUGAUACCCCUAUGUGAUUACUGUUAGAAAUAUCAAAUUUAUGUGAUGGUAGAAAAUAGCUACAGAUAUCCAUCUUCCUCCUUCAGAAGACUCAGUCAUUUGGAAACGAUGUUAAUUUUCAUGUAAUGUUGUCUACAACUGAUUUGAGAUUAUACCACAGAAAAUUAUCCGCCGAGACCCCACUUGCUAAUAGAAUACCACAGAAAUGAGGUUUGGAUUGGAAAUAAGACGUACUGUGAUCUUCUCUCAGCAUGAUUUGCUUCUUAAUCCAAGCAGUUUGAUGGUUUCUGGAAUGAAAGACGUAUCACUUUCAUUGCGAAGCUUUCAACAUCUUAGCAUUUAUUUAAUGUAUGUGUAGUAUUCUGCAUACCCCUGGCUCUGUCUGCACGCCAACUGCAAACUAUUCUGAAGCCAUUUCUGGGAAACUUCCUGUGUUCUUACAGUCUCCAUCUGGUUGACUCCAAAAUUCUGCCUCAGAGCUGCCGUGCUCAUUUCACCAGCAGCACCUGUUUCACUGUGUCAGAAACAAGGGUGGCCAACAAAUGCAGAGCAAUGGCAGUUGUUGAUAUGACACAGAUAAAGUCAGUGGGUUUGUUUGGUUUGGUUUUAUCUUGAGAACGGGAGGAACACCAGCCCUAAUACAAGUAGAGACUGAUUUCCUGUGGCAGCAGUGUAACUCUGCUGCGGUUCAAAAUCCGCUUUCAAAGGUCGUGUUUGUGCUCUGAGUGAAAUGUGUGACUGAAUUUCAUGCCUUGCCAGAUAACAAUAGUAGUGAUGCAAGUGAUUCCUUUGGACUCUGUGAGUCAGGGGUAGCGAUAACGCUGGGUAGCCAAGUGCCAGCGCUCCGUGCUUCUCGGGGUUAAAUAAAGCUGCUGUUCCCAGUGCCUAUGUGAAUACCCAGGUGUCCAACAGGGGCAGAAAUCUGCCACUUCAUAUUGUCCAUUGGAGCUGCCUACUUCCAGAUUCAACCCUUCUUGAAAUAAUGCCUUUCAGGAAUGUACUUACGUGCUGAAAGUAAGUGGAGAACCUCAAAUUCAGAAGAGGCAAAAGUUAGCCUUUGCCACUCUGUACCACUUUGGUUCCCCAUCCGUGUGCUGCUCGUACCGAUGGUGAAGGACGUAGGUGCUUAGAGUAAGUUCCAGUUACUGACAUGAAACUCUUUAAAAGCACAAACUCCUGCCUGUGACUGAUCGUGUCUAUACUCAUUAAAUAGGUGCCAGAUUCUCUUGCAGUAACCCUAGGGUUUACAGCACUGUUGUUCCUGGGAAUGCAGCCAUACUCUAGAGAUGCAGGUUUUUUUCCUAUGACCAAAGCUCAGCAUGCAGAGAAGCUAAGUCUAUGUCUGGCCCACGCCAGUCUAGCAACUGGUUGCAUCAAUUUGGCUUUACUACACCUGUUAUUGUACUUCUUCUGGCCCUACAUUAACCUUUCCCUGAGUUAUACCAUCUCUCUCCUAGAAAGCUUUUUCUUUUUUAUUUAUUUAGGUUAGUUCUGUGUUGGGCUGGUGGGAUGAAACAAUUCAAAGCCAGUCCGGGUGAAUGUUAGAGCUGACUUAACACAAGUGGAGACAGCAGAAGACAGGAGUUUAAUCAGCUUUAGUUGCUGGGAAGUUGCUUGCUGAGACAAUGGAGUUCUGGCAAAAACAGUCCAGAGACAGUUGAAAUCAUGUGAGGUUUGAAACAGAAACAAGCAUUGGUAAGCAACCUGAGAGGACUUCCGAAAGAAAAAUGGGGAACACAUCAGUCACUUUGCAGCUGUUCUUCACUCUUGUCUGUCUGUGCCAUACUUGACACACGGCUCUUGUAAGCUGACUGUGCCCAUUCUACCCACAGCAUCAAAAAUGUUCCAAACUAAGACUUUGAAGGCCAACAAGAUGCAAAUGUAAGAAAGCCUCUGGAGCAAUUCUCACUCUCAUUAUCAUUGCUGGGAGGAAGUAAGAAUUCCUACCUCCAACUUCAGCAGAUAUAUAUAGACAUACGUAACAUUAAAGAUGACAACAUCCCUUGUUUUUUAAACGCAGACUUACUUGCAACAGGCCGUUGUUCUUGAUGUCUGGCAGUUCUCUUCAGUGUGCUCACAUGAAGCUGUUCACAAGUUUGAUGUUCAUGUUUUAGUGAAAGCGCUAAAAAUUAAGAGCAACCACUGUCAACAUGCAAGACUGGUGAUUAAAAUGACACGCACAGCUGAACAACGCACAGCCUUUAUGUGACAGCAGCAGGAACUGGUUUAUCAGGUUAACAGGCACGUAAAGGAUGAAAAAGUACUAAGAAAGCAAACAACAAAAGUGCAAAGACCUAUUGAUAUAUGGGCUGGUCUUCCCACCAAACAAAAGAGUACCACAUCUAAUGGCAGCAGAGCAAAAGCUAUGAAGUCUAGGCUGUAGCUGCUAUGAGGUAGUGAGAUCUCAAGAGUGAGCUUGUUGACUGGAUGUGAACACCUUUUUUUUGGGAAUUCCAGACAAGGACUGGAAAUCUUUCUGUCUGCUGUCAGCCAUAAGACCAAAAAGGGACCAGGUGUGCCAGAGGACCGGCCCAAUCCCAUGCCUGUGCACAAAGGCAGCAUGGAUGGAGCUAUGUCUGACAGGCUACAGGCAGAAUGAGGAGCAAUUAACUUAGAUGUGUGAGCAUCUGCUUUGUCUCUGUAUUGCAGCCACAAAGCUCAGUUGCUGUUCACACUCCAGAGAAGCUGCCUGUUUCUAGAAAGCCGUUGCUGAAGGAACAACCCUCUGUGCUGUCUCAGCCCUUCCUCUCAGGACCUGAUCCUACUGGGAGCAAGCAAGGAGGAUAAUGGUUAAAGGUGACCACAGGAAAGGCUUCCAGACAGGAAGAGCUGUGCUGCAGUCCCAGGCUGAAUUUGGCCAUCCCAAACCCAGGGCAGCACUCUGCAAAAUGCACAAAGCACAUUCCUUCUGUUCGAAACACAUUCCUUCUGGUCAUCACUGGAGGACAGGGCCUCAGUCCUGGGCACUGCUUUGAGAUGCAACCGUCAGUCACUUACCUUAAGUUGCAUGAAUUACACUGGAAAACCAUUCAGGCAAAAAAAUAUUUUCAUCUGUUUGUUGUGGAAAUAUGGUGUUGCUCAUUCUCAGGGCUGCAGGAAAUCCUGCUGGUUUGAGAGGAAGACCUACCACUUUUGUUCAUGAUGGCAUUGGGCUGAGGCUGUGUUACAGAAAGCCAUGCUGCUCUGUAAACAUCAGCCACCUACCUCCAGAGUGGAAGUAUAUUCGCCUUGAAAAUCUGCUAAUGUUGAAUUGCUGUCAGCUGUGUAUUGUAGUACAAACCUUCACCUUUUAAAGCACAAAUAAAUGUGCUACCAUAAGGAGUGAAGUGAGUUUCUGGUCACACAUUUGAUCUAUUUUAGUGUUGAUGGUGACCCUGUGUUGUUUACCUGCUCUCUUCCAGGAUAAGAAGCAGCUGUAAUUGUCUCCACUCUUUCCUGUCAAAGUAUUGUUCCACAAAAAAAUUAUACCCACUGAAAAUCAAACCAAUUUUUAAUAUUACUAGGGCAAAAUGGUGUUCUAGAGUCCAGGAACUGGGAACAUGAACUGUAUUAAGGGAUCAUAUAACACUCAAAAGACUUUCUGGAGACUAAACAUUCACCUUUGUUGAGUAGAAUCGUUUAGGUUAAAGAACGCUGAGAUUCAGGCAACAAAAGCGAAUGUGAUCUUUCAGUGGGCUCCUCUCCUGGGGCCGGGUACCACAGGGUGUGCACAUGGUUCUGCUAAGGUGCUCAUCUGCUUGGGUUGAAAUGAGGAAUGUAUCCUUUUUAGGGUAUGAGUGUUAAAAACCACCUCCAAAACCCCACUGUUUCUACCCAGGGACUGAACUAGUGGAAAGGAUUUGAACAGAGUAGGCUGGUUCUAAGACAAGGGAACUGCCUUGCCUCAGUGAGCUGUUACGUUUGCUUUCUAAUUCCUUUAUCUCACAGAUAUUCUGCAAAUGAUCCUGAACCAAGCCAAGGGUCAAGCUGAAUGCAAUCAAAGUCACUGAAAAUACAGGAGACAGCUGUGCCACGUGUCACCUGGAGCCAGUCCCAUCCAAGAGAAGAGCUGCUUGACAAAGGAAGACAUAGAAAGGAAGGGAGCAAAAUGAGUGAGCUGAGACCGACAAACCGUGAAGGAAGGAGAGGAUCCUGAAGCAGCAACAAGCUCUUUGCGCCUGGCACCUGUCCCAGAGGACUGCUCCCCUACCAGUGCUGUUCCUAGGUUCUCUGUGAUUUGGGGCUUGAAGAGCAAUCAAGGAGGACUUAUUCUGUGAAGAAACUGGGGAGCAGGGUUGUGUGCUUUUUGUUUUUAAUUUUCUCACCGUUUUCGGUAGAAGUUUUCCAUGAAUACAGCGACCUUGCUUGUCUCUCCAAGUGGGACCAUGGAAGGAGAAGAGACAUCACCAAAUCAUCACUCAGAGGAGAGCAGCAUAUUGGAUCUCCCCUCUGUCUGUGACCUAGCAGAGGGCUUUCUGUCUCCACACAGUGCUGAGAGCAGCGAGGAACUUUUUAAUUCUGUGGACACUUUUCCUUCUCCACUCACAGGUGUCAGCACAGUUCCAGUGGAAAAAGACCAUAUGGAAGAAAUGAUAACACAGUGCAUAGUGGAGGUUCUAUCCAAUGCUCUGUCUAAGCCAAAUGCCCCACCAAUUAAUCCUGAAUGCAAAGAAAUCCUCAAGAAGGGUGGUAAAACUGACAGAGAGAGAAGCGAAGACAAACAGCUUGAAGUGAGGCAUUUGAAAGAGCCAUCAGAGUUUGAAAACCCACACUCUGAAAGUGUGGAGAGGGAACAGAGUCAGGCAGAAGAUGACUCUAAAAAGCGCAUGAAAGGAAGUGAUGAAGAGAAGCUUCAUCCUGGGGAAGGUAACAGCAAGGAAGAUGAGGAGGGACACCACGUACCUGUUCACGAAGAGAAACUUCAUACAGAGGAAAAGAAACACUAUCAGGAAAUCAGAAGAGAGGAGAACAGCUACCACAGUGAAGAAGAAAGCAGAGAGAGCAAGCAAAGUGACGGAGAAGACGACCAUGCUGUUCUCAACAGGAAGUCCCACUCUGCAGGCAUGAGCACAGAGGAGGGCGCUGAGGAGAAUGAUCAACGCCCCAUGGAUCAAUGGCAUUCAGAGGAGGGAAUGCAAAGUCCUCACAAAAGAAUUCACGAAGGUGAAGAAGGAGAGGCAGAGGAAGAAAGAAGUGAAAAAUACCACCUGACUGAGUCCAAGGGACGUGAUUUCUCCCGACAUGAGGAGCGUGAAGAGUCUGAUGAGAGUGAAGAAUUGAAGGAAGAAAAAAAGUCCUACAAACCAAAACGUUAUCAUGGGAAACACAGAAUAGGUGAUUCCUCUGAAGAGAAUAGAGGCCACGGUGGUGAGAAAGAGGAACUAGCUGAAGAAUCAAAUGCAGAGGAGUCUCAUCUCUGGGACAAAAGGAAUAACCAUCAGAAACACCACCACGAAGAAUCUGAGCAGCAGCAUGAAGAGAAGAGUGGUUAUCGUGGGAGGCAUGGGUCUGAAGGUACAGAGGAGAAAAGGUAUGCGGGCCAGGGAAAUGUGGAGUACAGAGAGAGGUGGCAGCAGAGUGAAGAGAAGAGCCAAGAGGAAAAUAAGAGGCAUCACCACAGCGAAGAAAGUAAUGAGAAAUGGCGUGAGGAGAGGAGUCACCAUUCUGAGGGAAGGGCGUAUCGUGGAGAUGAAAGUGAGGAAGAGCUAGACAGGUAUCACAGUGACAGCAGCAAGGAGAAGAAGCAUCAUGCUGGAGGAAGGUACCGCUUGUGGGACGAUGAAGGUGAAGGAACACAGAAAGUGUACACUCGAGAGCACAAAGGGCAGGCCAGAACGCACUACAACACUGAGGACAGUGUAGAGCAGCAGCACUACCCUGGUGGCAGUGAUGAGGAGGAAGAGGAAGUAGAAAAGAAACAUUACAGCAGUGAUCAGAUAGAGAAUGAAGAGGAGAAUAUGGAACAAGGAGGAUAUGAAGAGAAGGAAGAGUACAGGAGCCAUCUCCCUUCAGAGAAUGAGAAGAGAACCACAGCAUCCUACAGCCCUGUAUACCCACUUCUGUGGUGGAAGAGCCAGCACUUUGAGAAAAGGAACAGCGCAGGAGAGAGGCUUCCAGAGAGUAAAGAGGAAGGCAGGCCCACCUUGAGUGAGAAGAGUCCUUUCCCUGAAUACAGUGACUAUGACUGGUGGGAUAAAAAGCAGCUCCUGAGCGCUCUGAACCGUGGACGCUCUGAGAAGAGGAAUCUUAGCAAAAGGAACAGAAAUGAUAUGAAAAGGCAGUAUGACAAGAUGGAUCAACUUGCACAGCUUCUGAAUUACAGGAAGAAAUCAGCUGAAUUCCUGGAGUUGUACAAUUCUGGAGAAGACAUGAAGAAACGUCACGUAAUCAGGAAUGACAAAGGAACUCUGAACCAGAGGUCUCUGACAGAGGAGGAGGCAAAAGAGCUGGAAAACCUGGCUGCUAUGGAUUUGGAGUUGCAGAAAAUAGCUGAGACAUUUAAUAACAACAGGAGAGGCUGAAGAUGAUCUGCUUUGGUGUUUCAAAGCUAGGUGUAGCUGUACUCACAAUACCUGUAUUUUGUGGUAAAUUCACUGCCACUGGAUUGUUGUUUGCCCUAAAAACAAGAAAUACUACUUACUGUCCACUAUAGUGUAGUGAUUUAUAAAGCUGGAAAUGUCUUUAAUUUGCUAUUUUGCUAUUGAAAUUUGAAUAGCGUGAAUUUUAAUAUUAUAACCUUUCAUGCAAGGCAGAUAUUUUUAAUAUGCUUGUGGAAAUAAUUGUGUUAGUGUUCUUCAGAAAUAUAUGUCUGAGUUUGAAAUAAUAAAAAGCAUUGAUUUUGGAGCAAA